AUGUAUCUCAUGAACUGUACCAGACCUGAUAUAGCAUAUGUCAUCGGUAGACUUAACAUGUAUACUAGUAAUCCUAACAGUGAACUUUGGGGUGUUCUCAUUCGAGUUUUGAGGUAUUUGAGAUACUCUUUAGAUUGGGGAAUACGUUAUACUAGAUUUACUGCUGUACUUGAGGGAUAUUGUGAUGCUAAUUGGAUUUUCGAUACCAAUGAAUGUAAAUCUACAAAUGGAUAUGUAUUUACAUUAGUAGGUCGUGCUGUAUCUUGGAAAUCUAUUAAGCAAACCUGCAUUAUGAGAUCUACUAUGGAAUUAGAGUUCAUAUCAUUGGAUAAGGCAGGUGAAUCUCCAUCAUCUUCUGCAUCUGGCAUUGAUAACUUGAACAAUUUAAUGGUGGAUAAAGCUGUUUUGUCUAAAGGAAAUGGUUCUCAAGCUGGGAAUCAUAUUAUAGUUCCUUGA